AUGGAUGUUGUUGCGAGCUCUUAUCUUUUGCCGCUGGGUGUGACGGCUUAUACCUAUUUCAGUGGGUUGAAGGCGACGUUUUUGACGGACUACAUGCAUACGUUCAUCUUUAUGAUCAUCGUCUGCUGUUUCACGAUCAAGGUCAUUACUGUCAACGAGAUUGGGUCCCUGGGUGCGCUUUACGAUGCAGUGCUUAGGGCUGACGCUGUGAAUGCCGUACCGGGGAACUAUCAGGGAUCCCACCUAACCAUGCGCAGCGAGCAGUGUUUAUUCUUCGGCAUAUUGCACGUAACAGGCAACGUCGGAGCCGUGAUAAUGGACACUGGAUUUUGGCAGAAGGGGUUCUCCGCUGACUUUGCCGCCGCGGUAGCGGGGUACGUCCUUGGAGGCAUGGGCGUUCGGGACGAUAGUCGGUCUUGGAGGGUUAGCGCUGCAAAAUUCACCAUCUUGGCCGACGUUCCCGAACCCCAUGACAUCCUCUGA